AGGGGGCUUCUUUCGAGCUGCUCCUGCUUGUCCGCUGUUCCUCCUCCUCCUCAUUCCUCUCCGGUCCUUCUCCGUCCGCCGCUCGCUCUCGGGAUGGCGCAGGCUGCGCAGAAGCUGGUGACGGCCAUCACCACCCAAGGGCCCAAGUUUGUCUCUGCUGCUAUCACUUAUUCAAAGCCUCGCCUGGCCACUUUUUGGUACUAUGCUAAAGUUGAAUUGGUUCCCCCAAGUCCUGCUGAAAUUCCUAAGGCCAUUGAUGGCAUGAAAGGAUUGCUGAAGAGCAUGCAGUCUGGUCGCUUCAAACAGCUCACUGUCAAGGAAGCUCUGAGGAACGGCUUGGUGGCUACUGAAGUGCUAAUGUGGUUUUACAUCGGCGAAAUCAUAGGCAAACGUGGCCUGGUUGGCUAUGAUGUUUGAAAGUUUUUGUUUUCUACUCCUAACAGUGUCUUAGUAUUAAAUUACAGUGCUGAGAUGAAAUUGUGGUGGUCUCUACAAAUAUCAUUCAGAUUGGGGCAGAAUCAGAUGAUGGUGACAUGAAUGCAGACAAGGAUCCCUAAAAUGCUCCUUUUCUUCCUCCUCCUGUUGGGGGAUAGGGCGGGCACCAGUGGUUGGCUAUUCAAAUAAAUGCUAUACAAAGAAU